UUUCCUUCUUCGAGCCAUCUCCUUUUUUUUUUUUGCCUUCACUUUAUAUCUCUACUUUACUUUGUUCCUGGGUUCGUCUAUUCUUCUUCUUCUUCUUCUUCUUCCGUCCUGUUUUCGCUGUCGGAAUCAGCGAGGAAGCUACGUUUUUUUUUGCGUCAGCCAUGGCGGAUAUAACCCAUCCUCCUAUGGAACAGCUUCAAGACCUUGAGUACUGCAUCGACUCCAACCCUCCCUGGCCCGAAACGGUCAUAUUGGCGUUUCAGAACUACAUUCUGAUGCUGGGUUCAAGUGUUUUCAUACCCUCCAUGCUCGUUCCUGCCAUGGGCGGAACUGAUGGGGACAAAGCCAGAGUUAUACAGACGCUGCUCUUCGUAGCUGGUAUCAAGACACUUCUCCAGGCGCUUUUCGGUACUAGGUUGCCCGCCAUUGUCGGAGGCUCGUAUGCUUAUAUCGUGGUGAUCGUUUACAUCAUAAACGACUCAUCGUUACAAAGGAUCUCCAACGACCAUGAAAGAUUUAUUCACACGAUGCGAGCCAUACAAGGAGCAAUGAUCGUAGCCUCGAGCAUACAGAUCAUCCUUGGCUACAGCCAAGUAUGGGGUCUUUUUUCAAGGUUUUUCAGUCCUUUAGGUAUGGCACCUGUGGUCGGAUUGGUUGGUCUCGGCCUGUUCCAAAAAGGGUUUCCCCUGCUCGGGAGCUGUGUUGAAAUCGGGUUGCCGAUGCUAUUGUUGGUUAUAGGACUAACCCAAUAUCUGAAACAUAUCAGACCAUUCAGAGAUAUCCCGAUCUUUGAGAGAUUCCCGAUACUGAUCUGCGUCACAAUUGUCUGGAUUUAUUCCGUUAUCCUAACCGCGAGUGGAGCUUACCGAGGGAAGUCACUGAAAACACAAACCAGUUGCCGCACAGACAGAGCAAACCUUAUAUCAACAGCUCCAUGGUUCAAGUUUCCAUACCCGUUGCAAUGGGGUCCGCCCACGUUUUCAGCUGGCCAUUCCUUUGCUAUGAUGUCUGCUGUUCUUGUUUCCAUGGUCGAGUCCACUGGAGCUUACAUGGCUGCUUCUAGAUUAGCCAUAGCCACACCUCCUCCAGCUUAUGUAUUGAGUAGAGGCAUCGGGUGGCAGGGUAUAGGUGUAUUGCUCGACGGGCUAUUCGGGACAGGAACAGGCUCUACAGUUUUAAUAGAAAAUGUAGGAUUGCUAGGGUUAACACGGGUGGGAAGUCGCCGAGUUGUUCAAGUAUCUGCAGGAUUCAUGAUUUUCUUCUCUACAUUGGGAAAAUUCGGGGCUGUUUUCGCAUCCAUACCACUCCCGAUAUUUGCGGCUCUAUACUGUAUCCUCUUCGGGCUCGUGGCUGCUGUAGGAAUCUCCUUCCUUCAGUUCACCAACAUGAACAGCAUGAGAAAUCUCAUGGUGACCGGUCUCUCACUCUUCCUUGGAAUCUCCAUAGCUCAAUUCUUUGAUCAGUACUGGGAUCCUAGACACCAUGGCCUUGUCCACACCAAUGCUGGAUGGUUCAACGCAUUCUUGAACACGAUAUUCAUGUCGCCGGCGACAGUGGGUUUGAUCGUUGCGGUGUUUUUGGACAACACGUUGGAUGUGGAGAAGUCGAAGAAAGACAGGGGGAUGCCAUGGUGGGUGAAGUUCAGAACUUUCAGAGGAGACAACCGAAAUGAAGAGUUCUACACUUUGCCCUUUAACCUCAACAGAUUCUUCCCUCCUACGUAACUCCAAAGGAAAAAUGGUCUGAAUACUCUCAAAAAUUAUCAAAAGCUUCAAUCUUUUUUUUUCUCCCCAUUUCUUUUGGUACAGAGCGGAUGGUAGAAGCUGAACUGGCGAAAUCAUGGUUUUGGGUUCGGUCGGAUUUGAUUUUUUGUGGCCAUUGAUGGUCGGAAUUGUAGUAUGUAGGUCAAUUCAAUCAUGGGUUCUUUAUGUAGAUUCAAAUAAAGAUCGAAAAUUUCAUAUGAAAUUCCAGAUUUACAGCCAGAUUCAACAGAAA